GUGAAGCGUACGAUUGUCAUCGCAUUACAUUUACUUUUAACUCUAUCUGUGUUCCGUGCGACACCGAGGUAAUCAUUUAGCGACCUUGGAUGCUAUACAAAAAGAUUGUAUUCUUUUCUUUUAGCGGUGAGCACAUUUUCUUUUUACAUCAGAGCAGACUUAAAUCGAAAAUAGAUCGACUGAAAAAAACAGGCAUUCAAUAUGCUAAACAACGACUCAAAAUCGAGCUCUGUGAGUUCAAAAGUGUAUGGAAUACUUGAGAAUGAGGAAUCGUUAAAGAAAACGGAUAAAGAGCAAAAUACAACAUUGGAGGUUUCAAACGAGUCUUUACCUCGAGCUUCAGAUGCUUCGAAAGAUGGGGAGGAAGAUGAUAAAAACUCUUUGGAAAUACCGCCUGUUUCAUUUUUUGCCUUGUUUAGGUAUUCAAGUGGAUGGGACAAAGCACUUAUGGUUGUAGGAUUCAUCACGGCAUUGGUUGCUGGAACGAUAUUCCCAACAAUACAAAUUGUGUUUGGAAAUUUUCUGAAUACCUUUGUACAACAUGCAACUCUUAAUACAACUGAUCCCAGCAAAAACUCGACUUAUUCCGAUGAUUUCUUAGAUGGAAUUGGCGAACUGUGUUUGUAUAGUGCAGCAUUGGGUUUCAUGGUUCUUGUAAUCGAUUAUAUCAUUAUAUGCGCCUUCGGUUUGAGUGCAGCAAAUCAGGCUUACAAAAUACGCUGUUUGUUCAUGACCUCGAUACUCAAACAGGAUAUUUCCUAUUUUGAUACUCAUCAAACAGGAGAUUUUGCUAGUGCCAUGACUGGCGAUCUAAAGAAAAUUGAAGACGGCAUUGGUGAAAAAGUGGGAAUUUGCACCUUUUUAUUAUCUACAAGUGCCAUUAGUGUUGUAUGUGGAAUGUAUUACGGUUGGAAAUUGGCUUUGGUCACAUUUUCCUUAACACCUAUUCUGACGGUAGCCCAAGGUCUUCUAUCAAAAGUUCAAGCUUCUGCUUCAAGGGAAGAAUCUGAAGCAUAUGGAGCUGCAGGAGCUGUAGCUGAAGAAGCGCUGUCUUCUAUACGCACCGUUGCAUCUUUUGGUGGAGAACAAAAAGAAAUACAAAGAUAUGACAAAUACCUGAAGAAUGCAAGAGCGAAAGGCAUAAAAAGAGGCUUGCUGACUAGUUUUGGAGCAGGAUUAUUCUGGUUUUGUAUAUUCGGUGGAUAUGCUUUAUCAUUUUGGUACGGCGUAAAGUUGGUAGUUGAAGGUAUGGACCAGCCAGAUCCAGAAUAUAUUCCUGGCACUUUGGUCAUUGUGUUUUCUAAUAUUAUGCUUGCUUCCAUGUGGUUUGGACAGACAGCUUCACACUUUGAAGCGUUUUCUUUAGCUAGAGGAGCUGCUGGAAAAAUAUUUUCAGUUAUACAACGGAAACCUGACAUUGACAGCAGUUCAAAGGCAGGGGUAAAGCCUCAUGAACUGAACGGAAGUGUCACAUUUACGGAUGUUCAUUUCAACUACCCUGCAAGACCUGAUGUUGCAGUGCUGAAAGGCAUUUCACUUUCUGUCAAACCUGGAGAAACUAUUGCUCUUGUUGGGCCAAGUGGCUGUGGGAAGAGUACAAUAAUACAAUUAAUUCUCAGAUUUUAUGAUGCUGAUGAAGGGAGUGUUGAAAUAGAUGAGAACAAUGUGAAAGACUUGAAUGUUGGUUGGUUGAGAGGCAACAUAGGCUUUGUGGGGCAAGAACCUGUUCUUUUCUCUACGACUAUUGCUGAAAAUAUCCGCUAUGGUAAAAACGACGCUACUCUUGAAGAAAUUGAAGCUGCUGCUAGACUUUCAAAUGUCCAUGAUUUUAUAUCCAACCUUCCUCAAAAAUAUGACACUCUUGUUGGAGACAGAGGAACUCAACUUAGUGGCGGACAAAAACAAAGGAUUGCUGUUGCCAGAGCGUUGAUAAAGAAUCCAAAAUUACUUUUACUUGAUGAAGCAACUUCAGCCCUUGAUACAGAAAGCGAAGCAAUUGUACAAUGUGCUCUUGAUCAGGCCAGGAAAGGACGAACAACUAUCAUUGUUGCUCAUCGUCUCUCAACCAUUAGAAAUGCUGAUAAGAUCUUUGUAUUAUCAGACGGUGCAAUAAAAGAAAUAGGUAGCCAUGACGAGCUGAUGGAAAGAAAAGGACUUUAUUAUCAGCUAGUGUUAUCUCAAACAAGUGAAGUUGACGAUACAUGCGAUGAUGAAACAGACGAGAAACCCGUAUUGAUGCCUCAGAUAAGUGUUAUCAGCUCUGUAUCCGCUGCAUCCACCGGGUCUAAACCAGGUCUCCACCGAAGCGUAUCUCGUCUUGAAGAUACUGUCGAAAAGCGCUACGAUUUUAAGGAUGAAGAUGAAGAAGAGGCUUCCUUAUCUUGGACUCGACUUCUGAAAACUGCAUUAUUCGUUUGGCCGUAUUUGAUUGUUGGAGCGAUUUCUUCAUUGAUCAUGGGCGUUCAUGUGCCAUUAUAUGGCAUUGUAUUUGGUUCUAUUCUCGGAGUUUUCUCUGAGCCUAAGGAUAAGAUCUUAGAAGAUAACGCAUAUUACACUCUAAUAUUUCUUAUUAUGGCUGUGACAUCUUUUACAUCUUCAUUUUUACAGACGCUUCUGUUUUCUGUUGCAUCUGAAAGAGUAACCUCAAAAUUCAGAAAACUGGUCUUCAGUAAAAUGAUUACUCAGGAUCUGGCGUGGUUUGACCACCCAAAAAACAGUGUUGGAUCUUUAUGUGCUAAGCUAACUUCAGAUGCAACAGAUAUGCAAGGGGUCACCGGAACCCGAAUAUCAGUGUUGUUUCAAACUUUUUCUACUCUCAGUGUUUGCAUUUUCAUUGCUUGCUAUUACAACUAUAAAAUAGGAUUGCUUGUGUUUGCAUUUGUGCCUGUGAUUGUACUGACCAUUACUACAGAAAGGCGGAUGACUUCCGGAUUGAUGUAUGUUGAUAAAGAAAGUAUAGAAAAGGCUUCAAAAAUUGCAAUCGAAGCCAUUGAAAGUAUAAGGACAGUUGCAGCUUUACAUCAAGAAGAAAAAUUUUUCCUGCGAUUCAGAGAGGCCCUGGAUAAAUCAUACAGCCAUAUGAGAAAAAGAGCACAUAUUAGAGCCAUCACUUAUGCAAUCGCACAAAGCAUACAACUUUUUGUAUAUUCAACUUGCUUUUACUAUGGCAGCACCUUAGUAGCUUCUGGAGAAGAAAAAUAUAAAAAUGUUUAUAGGGUUCUCAACGGUAUUAUAACUGGAUGUGCUCAACUUAGUCAAGCCUUAGCAUUUUCUCCAGAUUAUCAAAAAGCUAAAUCUGCUGCAGCUCGUGUUUUCCAAUUACUCGACAUGAAACCAACCAUAGAUGUAUUGUCUCCCGAUGGUAAAAUUUUGGAAAAUGUGAAAGGAGACAUCGAUUUCAAAGAUGUUCAUUUCAAUUAUCCAAGCCGUCCAAAAGUGAAGGUUUUAAGAGGUCUGAAACUAGAUAUUGACUCUGGAAAGACGAUCGCUCUUGUAGGAAGCAGUGGAUGCGGAAAAAGUACCUGCGUCCAAUUAAUUGAGCGAUUUUAUGAAGCUGAUAAAGGGGAUGUGCUCGUCGACGAUGAAAAUGUGAAAUACGUAAAUGUUAAAAAUCUGCGAUCUCAUAUUGGUCUGGUAUCCCAAGAACCAGUGCUAUUUAGCUACAGCAUAGCAGAAAAUAUUGCCUAUGGAAAGAAUUAUGAAACAGCAGAUAUGAAUGAAAUAAUAGAAGCUGCUAAAAAAGCAAAUAUUCAUAAUUUCAUUAAAUCCUUGCCACAAGGGUACGAAACACCUGUUGGUUUAAAAGGCACGCAAUUAAGUGGAGGACAGAAGCAACGUGUGGCAAUCGCCCGAGCCUUACUACGAGACCCUAAAAUUCUCCUGUUGGACGAAGCUACAUCAGCACUGGAUGCUGAAAGUGAACGCAUUGUUCAAGAAGCCCUUGAUAACGCAAGAAGUGGCAGGACAUGUUUAAUUAUUGCUCACAGACUAACGACUAUUCAGAAUGCAGACUCUAUUGCAGUUAUUGAGAAGGGAAGAAUUGUAGAACAAGGAACACACCAGGAAUUGCUGAAAAGGAGAGGGCAUUACUAUAAACUUUACAACAAUCAAUUUUCCAAAAAGGAGAGCUAGUAUGCAUUGCACAUUUUGGUGAUAUUUUACAAGUAUUCAAUGUACGUAUUUUUCUUGAGUGCCACAAAUGAAUAAUAUUAAUUCAUUUCAAUACGUGGACAAAUUAAUCGUGUAAGAUUUGAAUAUUUAUUGAUUGUAUAGUUUUAUAUUUGUAUGUUUUUCAUCUCUGAUCUCUGCAUUAUAUUUAAUUUUUAUGUUUUAUAUUUAUAAGUGAAUGUUUACAUGUAUAUGUACUUAAAAUCUACAUUUAUGAUGCAGUUUUUCUAUGGGAAGAGCAAAACAAGAUCAAAUGAUAUGUUUCUUCCAGGAUUAUUUUCCUGGAAUCGAGCAAAGUUUUAAUAUUAUAUAUUUUCGAAACUACUUUUGUAAGAUAAAUUAUAAUCUGCUGAGUUAUUUUUAUUUCACUUUUUGUUAUUUUAUUUUAUAUGAUUUUUUUAUGCUAAUAAUAUAGAUUUUAUUAAGUUUUAUUCACUAAAUUAUAUGAGGUUUAUCAUCUAUUAUAAAUGAAUUCAAAACUAUGGAAAGUAUAGACGAAACUUUUUAAAUUAUUAAUUAAAAAAGUUUCAUUUAUAACAAUUAUCAGUUUGUGAGCUUUAAGUUGAACUUUAUUCUUAUAUAUAUGUAUUGCAGUAAAUAUCAUUAAUCUGAUGAUUAUGUAUACUUAUCGAUGAUAUUAUGUAUAAUUAUUGAUGAUAUUAUGUAUAAUUGUCGAUGAUUAUAUAUAAUUAUCCAUGAUUAUGAAUAAUAGCCAAUAAUUAUGCAUAAUCACUAGUUUAGUAUAUUUGUCGUAACUUGUAUAUUAUUCUAGUAUUUGAAAAUAAUAAAUUUUCAUCUACCUAUAUUUUUGCUUUUAAAAUGAAAAUUUUAAAUUCAGACUUAUUUAUUUUGUCUAAUGUGGAACGCAUAUUUAUUUGUGAUGUUUUUGUCUGCUAUGUUGAUAAUCUAAUCAUACAUUUUGUGCUUUCAUUUGAAAUCAUUUAUGGAAUUGUGUUUUCAUUUAUCAUUCAUGUUGUAAGCAAGAAUUUUAACUUGCAGUUGGAAUCCAUGAAUCCGUGAUUUACACUCAAGUGAGAUUUAGAAAACAUUUGAAAAAAAAAAAGGAAAAAAAAAAAAAACUGAAAGUAAAUUUGUCUUAUAAAAUAAACUUUCUAUUAUUUUGCACUGGCGAGUAAUCUCAAUACUUUUAAUUUUUUAUUUCUUUGAUAAACGAAUAUUCAGGACUAUAUUUAAGUCAAUCUCUGUUUAAAAAAAA